AUGCUGACUAUGAACGUGCUAUUGUUUGUGUUUAUUUAUUUGAAGGUGGUGCAAUGCCUGUCCGACCCGUUGGGUUACGUACCGCCGGCCGUCGGGCUGACUACGCUCUCGUAUGAUGAAAUGGAAGGACUAUUCACGGAUUUAUUUUUCGGUUACGACAAAACUAUUCGACCGCGACAUCAGCAGGGGGACGUGGUGAAGGUGGGCAUCUUAUUCACCCCACAGUCGAUCACAAGCCUGGAUACCACACAACAAGUGCUCACAAUGACCGGCCACUUCCGGGUGGUAUGGCAGGACCACAUGCUCACAUGGGACAGCCACGGGAACGGUGGUACCACAGAGCUUAGGCAGCAGUUGGGCAAGAUCUGGUAUCCCGGCCUUCAUCUCGACAGGGCACUGGAUAACCGCAUCAUUGGCGACCCAUUGGAUGAUACCGUCCGGAUUCUCGACAAUGGAAACGUUACAUGGAUGCCUUCUGGAUCCUUCAGUUUCCAGUGUGACGCGGACGUCCGCUACUACCCGUUUGACAAACAGACGUGCACGAUGGUAAUUUACCCGGCAGCCGUGAACAUCGCCGUGUCCAUGGAGCCGGAAGAUGUCAAUCUAGCGGAGUUCACCGAGAACGGCGAGUGGGAGCUUGUCGAAACGUCAUCCAAAGUCGUGCCCGUCAACACCGUAGACUUUGUCAGGUUCGCGUUCACUCUAAAGCGGCGGACAGGGUUCGUGGCGUACACAAUGAUAUUUCCAUUGGCAUGCCUGUCGGUGAUUAACUCCGUCUCUUUCCUCGUUCCUGUCGAGUCUGGAGAGAAAGGCUGCCUUUCCAUCACCGUCUUCCUGGCGUACGCGUUUUUCAUCACGUACGUGACGAAUAUGUUGCCCCACAACACCACCCCGGAAAUUUCGCUGUAUAUAAAGUACCUGAGCGUAAUCCUGUUUUUCAGCGUCGCCCAUUACGUGUACGUGUGCGCACAGAGCCGUAUCCACCACUGCUACGGCGGCCAGCCAUGUUCACUGCUGAAGAAAAUGCGCUAUAAAACUAAACGUAAGGUAGGACAGGCGCAGAAGCAAGCGGACGACCGGAAGCUCCGACUGAAUGGGAAUGAGGAGAUCACAUGGACGGAGUUCCUGAGGCGGCUUGAUGUUUUCAUGUUCUGUUUCAGCAUGGUCUGCCUGGCCGUCAUCAGUGCAUCGUUCGUCGUCGUGAUGAACAGCAACGCUUGA